AUGGAGUUCCUGUUUGGGAAGAGGAAGACCCCGGAGGAGAUGCUGAGGCAGAACCAGAGGGCACUCAACCGAGCCAUGAGAGACCUGGACCGCGAGCGAAUGAAGCUGGAGCAGCAGGAGAAGAAGAUCAUCGCCGACAUAAAGAAAAUGGCCAAGCAGGGACAAAUGGAUGCGGUGAAGAUCAUGGCCAAGGAUUUGGUGCGCACGCGACGCUACGUCAAGAAGUUCAUCAUGAUGAAAGCCAACAUCCAGGCCGUCAGCCUGAAGAUCCAGACGCUCAAGUCUAACAACAGCAUGGCACAGGCGAUGAAAGGCGUCACCAAAGCCAUGGCCACCAUGAACAGACAGCUGAAGCUCCCACAGAUCCAGAAGAUCAUGAUGGAGUUUGAGAAGCAGAGCGAGCUGAUGGACAUGAAGGAGGAGAUGAUGAACGACGCCAUCGACGAUGCCAUGGGUGAUGAGGAUGAUGAAGAGGAGAGCGACGCCAUCGUCUCCCAAGUGCUGGACGAGCUCGGUCUCAAUCUGUCCGACGAGCUGUCAAAUCUGCCGAGCACCGGGGGAAGCCUCUCUGUGGCCGGAGGAAAGAAAGUGGAGCCUCAGGCCGCCCUGGCUGACGCGGACGCCGACCUGGAGGAGCGUCUGAAUAACCUGCGGAGAGACUGAAUGCGGAGGAACUGUCAGAGAAGCGCACUUUGGCGCGGGUCGUUAAUACAAACGCACUCCGGGUCUCUGCGUCUAGAUUCUCUUGGAGGCAUAAGUGGCCGGCUGUCGACAUCACGCAGGCUGCUGUGUAGGGUUUAUGGCUUUCCGUUUGAGGUAUUUUCAUUUAAUGUGCGUGCUAUGUAUCUUAUCAUUACCGGGGUCAUUAUCCUUCAUAGGUCUAGAAAAUGUCUCUUCUCUAUAAAGACUCUGCCGAAUGACACAGGUCGUCUGUACAUACUAACCGCUCAAAGCAUGAAGUAUUUACAAUUUAAAUCAACACUAAUUAAAGAAGAUGCAAAGAAAAACCAAAAGAAAUAUAGUGAUAUUAAAAGAUGGUUCAAUUUUAUAUGACUGACGUUUAGGAAUGUCGGCACAUUUUGUACAUGAGGUGGGUUCGGGUGUUCUUUUCUAUCAUCAAUGCUAAAACAUCGUCAGCGUUCUUGUUCUCUUUUAAAUGUGGGUGUUUCGAGUACAAAACCAACAAAAAAAAAAAACACUGUUUAUUGUUAUUGAAAUUUGACAAAGAAGGCGAUUUUCUGGAAAACACUCCUGGUGAUUCUUUUCUUUACUUUUAUGAGAUCAUCCGCAUCCUUAAUACAAAAAGGUAAGGAGUCAGUGGUGGGUUUUUUGUUGUUUUUUUUGGUUUAUGAGAAAUUUUUAUUUUGGCCUUGUUCAAUAAACAUUCUUUUCCAGAAUACUUGGAAAGUAA